AUGAGAAUCUUUCAUCGCAGGUUUCUCGACCGCCUUCCUUGGAUAUUUCUCUUGCUUUCCGUGAUCUAUUUAUUGUAUACAUACUCUCGGUCAAAUGAACAAGAGGUGAACGCAGUCCGACAAGUAAUUCGGCGUCUGACGUAAGUGUAUUUAUCAUUGCAUUUGUAUAUACUAAGUAAAUUGGUGCUGAAGAAUCCGUAUUGAUUUCACUGUUAAAUUUCCCUCCCUUUUUAAAUAGAUUAUGUAAGCCUCAGUUUACGGGAAGAAGAAAAAAUUCGUUCAGUAUCGUCAAAUCCUCGCCUGAUUCGAUGCGAUACGGAAAAGUAAAGUAGCAGUACAUAUCACUAAUCUAUAUUAAAGAUCAGUACAAUGGCGAUGUUUACAUAAGCGACUCUGAAAUCUCCCUUACGUUUCAUCAGUCAGCGAUCAAUUUCGUAAUACCGUCUAUGACCCCGACUUUGAAAUAUCAGAGAACAAUGCGCGAAGAUCUUAUUAAACUAUGCAAAGACUCAACGUCGAAAAUGAGACACUAGUCGAUUUUCCACAAACUGUCAGAGCCGGUUACUUAAGCAAAGUUUAGCCAAACAAUCCUCAAUUUUAGUUAAACGGUUUAUCUAAACACUUAUAGUGAACAGUGUCAAGAGGGUGAGUUAAGAGUGAAAGGAUAUUUAUUUCAUCAAAUCAGCCCUCUUACAGAGAAAGCCUAAAGCCCACUGAUCGCGUAAAACCAUGGUUUAAGUUAGACCUCGCUUAAAUAACUCGCCCUCAGUUGAAUCGUGAAGAGGGAUCUUCCCUAGAACCUUGAUCGAAUAAUAACAUAAAGCUCAAAACUUAAAUAUUUGUGAAAGGAUAACUUUUUAGUUGCAAGGUUUCAGUACAUUUUUUCUUUUCCGCUCUUAACCUUUGACAUCAAAACAAAGAAUAAUUUUACAAGAACCAUGACAAGAAAUAUUGUAGAUAAUGUUGAUUCUCUCUCUCCAAGAGGUGGAAGAAAGAAAAAUGAGACUUUGUUACGCCAGUCACUUCUUGAGGCAAGAUUCGUAAUAUAGGUAAUUUCCAGAUGUGAAUCGUUAGCGCAUUUGAACAAUUUUUUUGAAAACGUUGGAGACAGGUCACGUCACUCUUUGGAAUCUCAUCAGUGCGUUUUUAUUGGGAGAAAUUAAAGCGAUGAUUUUUGAGGCAUACUUGUCCUUCAAAGGAUUCUUAUCAAUAGUCUUUCUCGUAAAGAUGGCCACAAAAAGCUGUAAGGGCGAGAUGAAAAAUGUCCCUUCAUCCUUCUCACUAAGAGCACGAAACUGCCGGACACUGCAUAUUAGACAGACUCUGUCUGGUCUUAAGGGGGUCUUAUUGACCUUCGAACUAGCAAUUCUGGCUACAGACUCCUGAAGGAGAAUUUGGUCUUAGAUCAAGCUGAUUGCCUUGUUUGUUCUCUGAUGUACUGUUGGUAGGAAAGCGCAAUGAGGAGUUGAUCGCUUCAAGGAGAUAGAGUUCUUUUCGAUUGAGAAUCACAAAAACUAAAACCAAAGUGAUCAAAACAGCCAAAUUAGGAGAAAGGAAAAAUACAUUUAGGAGCCAUUAAGACCAAGCUCGAAGUAAAACCGACAAAACUGCCUAAAGCCCUGGAAAGCGUAGGAGACUAAGUCGUGAUUUGUUUAUUUUGAAUCCGAUUGGUUGAGAGAGAGAGUGGUGCGAGUAUCAGUUACAGAAUAAUCACAGGCGAAGCAAAGCAAAAACAGAGCAAUCUCAGAUCACUCUCGACUCUCCAAUUGAAAACUGUUCGUAACCCUUAAACUCCCAGGAUCUCGUCAGUAAUUCUCCUUACUGUCUGCUAUACAAUUCAUGUGAUGUUAGUUUGGAGAAUUUGGAAUUGGAUCAACUAAUAAUCUCCUAAUUGAUAUUUUUCUUUAUUCUUAUUACUUGUCUGCUUGAUAUUAUACUGAUAGUGUAAGGAGAAAUUCCGUCUUGGUCACUAGUGAGACUUAAAGGGUUAAGGGUAACUAAGUGAUUAAACCAAUUCAUAUACUCGGUAUCUAUUUAACAAAUAGAUUCCAAGUUGCUGUGCGUCUGUUCAGAUUAAACCAAAAUUCAAAUAUUCGGUAUCUAUUUAUCUAUUUUACAACAGGCAGGAAAAUGCGUCAUCUAUACGUCUGGGAUCUCAAGAAAACGAAACUGAAAUAUAAAAUGUUUCCAAGAGAAGAAAGGAAAAUGUUUCCCUGUUCAUCACAUUCUUUUCCUAAAAACGCACAAGACUGGUUCUAGUACGAUGGCUAAUAUUUUUUUUCGUUACGGAGACUCGAGAAACCUUACUUUUGUCUUAUCACCGGGCACUCUUCUAGGAUGGCCACAUAAAUUCCAUAUAACUCACCCGCUUCGUCUUUUUAGCAAAGUACCCAACAUCUUAUGUAGCCACGCUAGAUUUAACAAGAAACCAAUGAACUGGCUUUUUCCGAGAGAAACCAGCAAAUACGUGACAAUUUUACGGAAUCCAGUGGACAACUUUGAGUCAGUGUUCAAUUUUGCACAGCUUGGGAAACAACUUGGUUUCGGAGACAAUUUGGACGCUUUGGAAAAAUUUUUAACAAAAGGAAUAGACUAUAACAGUACCCAUAAAGGUUUGAUGACCCAUUUAUCGAGAAAUCCGAUGAUGUUUGAUCUGGGUCUUAGUCCUAAGUUUUACCAGAAUCUUACCGCAGUCAAAAAAUACAUUCGCUUCUUGAACAAAGAGUUCGACCUGGUUAUGAUUAUGGACUACUUUGAUGAAUCAUUGGUUCUAAUGAAACGACUGCUCUGCUGGGAACUAGAAGACAUUUUGUAUGUGAAACUCAACGCAAGACUAGAUAAAGAGAUAGCGAAAGAUUUAAGUAAAACUGUUCAAGAGAACAUCAAACGAUGGAACAUGGCAGACGUUUUGCUGUUUGAUCAUUUCAACGCAACGUUUUGGAGAAAAGUGAAAAUGGAAGGUCCAAGCUUUGAUGACGAUCUGGCUGCAUUUCGGCGAAAGAAAGAAAAUAUAAAGAGUUUGUGUUUAAAGGAUGAGAUGCAACAAGAACGAGCGUAUCGUGAAAAGUUUGUGAAGGGAUAUUUAGUUAGAGACGACCUAACGCCGCGUUUGAAGGUUUUGUGUGGACAUUUCGUGAGGACGGAAAACGCUUUCUUGGAUUACCUCCGACAAAAACGUAUGAUAAAAUUGAGGACCGUUGGACUGGACAAAUUUUUAAAAGUUCAAACGGAAAGCGGUUGGAAUACAGCUAAAGAUCUGCAAUAUAAGCCAAUAAAAUCAACAUAG